UUCAUUGACCACUGUCUCCUUUCUCUACUUUCCUUCAUCACAAACAAACAAAAAAUAUAUUCCACAUUUUCUGAAGUGUUGGAGCAGACACUUAUUAACAGAAAUGGCAAUCUCAGCUAUGAAUUCCUCCAAGAAAAGCCCUCUCCUUUCUUCCUCAAAGAAAAGGGCACUAGAAAUCAAGGAAAAACUCCUCAGGAAAAGGGCUUUGGGUCCAAGUAAAACCAACAAGGUGAAAAAUGGAGACACUAAAAAGCUUCAAAUAUGUCCUGAAAAGAAGACAUACAAAACUAGCACUGUUGAUGCAAACUCAUCUGCCAUGCUGCGGGCCGAAGAAGUUCAAGCAAAUUUGCCCUCUCAAUUUCCUAGUUUUGUCAAGUAUAUGCUCCAUUCACAUGUUAGUCGUGGAUUUUGGUUGAGUUUCCCAAGAAAAUUUUGCGACUCUUAUUUGCCAAAGCAUGAUGAUACUGUUGUUUUGGUGGACGAAAAUGAAGAAGAAUUUUCUACCAAGUACCUUAUUGAUAAGAAUGGAUUGAGUGGGGGUUGGAGAGGUUUUUCCAUUGCUCACAACCUGCUUGAAGGGGAUGUCUUAGUCUUCCAAUUGAUCCAACCCUGCAAAUUUAAGGUAUAUAUAAUAAGAGAAAACAACUUGACAGAAAUUGAUGGUGCUAUUAGUCUACUAAAUCUGGAUCUUCAUGCUAGACCAAUCAAGUCAGAUAUCAAACAAGAAGAAGCCGUAUUGAUACCCGAUUCAGACCAAGGCCCUGCAUCAGAUCAACGUGAGAAUGAUAGCGAUAAUGGCUCUGAAGUUUUAAGCAUUAGAUUUUCAGAAUCAAGACUUGAAUUCAAAGACGUGAAGGACUUCUCUGGUUUCAACAUUCUUGUGGAUGGAUUGAUCAUAGACGCUGAGAUUCCAGCACACAUUCGGACCAAAUACUACGAUCUUUGCUGCACUCAAAAUUCAUUUCUCCAUGAGCAUUUACUUGGUGGACUAAAUUGCAAGCUAGCUGCUGGAAUGAUCACUGAGACUGUGAACAUAGCUGAUGCCAUUAAAGCAUCCAAAAUUUCGAUCCCUCGUGAUUAUCUUGAGACUUGGGACAAUACAUUGAAAGGGUUCGAGUGUUUAGGCAUGAAUGUUGGAUUUUUACGUGCAAGGCUUAGUAAGCUUAUUAGCAUGUCAUGUGAAUCAGAUAAUAUUCUUGUGUCAAAGAGAGUUAAACUAGCUGAAGCAAAAGAGGAAAUGAGGAAUCUUGAAGAAAAGGUUUUGAAAGUGAAACAAGUGAUAAAGAAGUUAGACUCUGAAAUUGAGGCUUUAACAGUAAAAGACACGAGUUUUGAGCUCAAAUUCAAGGCACUCGCAGCUGCUCCAUGGUAAAGAUUUUCUUCUGAAAAAAUGUCUUGAUUAAUAUUAGCAUAUAGUUUAGUUUAAAGAUGGUUCUUUGUUAGUUUUUGUGGGGUUACACGCUCCAUCAUAUCUCUUUUAGGGGUCGUUUGGUAGAGUAUAUAAGAAUAACGGUGAAUAGGGUGUAUUAAUA